GCAGCAUCUAAUAAUAAUAAUAAUAAUAAUAAAAAAAGAAAAACGGCUUCUUUCACACUCACCACCGCCGGACUCGGAUGUAAGAUCUCGUUUUUAGAGCUUGGGGAAUAACAUACGUGUGGAUAAGCGUGCAUUUCGAGAGAAGGGGCCGGGCAGUGUUCAUUGCAGUGCAUCAUGGCAGAGUCAGACCCGGAGCCAAUGGCCUCUGGAGCAGGGCAGCGUCUUGGAGCUCCGGAGACUCUUGGCAUCAGUACGUUGGACCCAGGGCACAGACCCCCAGCCAUGCCCCCUGGGCGACAAGUCACCAUCAGGGUCCGUAUGUUGGACGACACAGAGGAGCUCUUUGACAUCUCGCAAAAAGCCUCCGGCAAGGUGCUGUUUGACCUGGUCUGCUCCCACAUGAACCUCAUUGAGGGUGACUACUUUGGCCUGGAGUUUCAGAACCAUCAAAAAAUGAUGGUUUGGUUAGACCAUAUCAAGCCCAUUAUCAAGCAGCUCAGGCGACCGAAGCACACAAUCCUGAGGUUUGCCGUGAAGUUCUUUCCUCCGGACCACGCCCAGCUCGUGGAGGAGCUAACUAGGUACCUGUUUGCCCUCCAGAUCAAACAGGAUGUUUCCUGUGGAAGUCUGACCUGCAAUGACAGCAGCGCUGCACUGAUGGUCUCCCAUAUUAUCCAGUCUGAGAUUGGGGACUUUGAGGAGAGCCAGUGCCGGUCACAUCUCCUCAACAACAACUACAUCCCAGAUCAAAUGCAUCUGAUUGACAAGAUUAUGGAGUUUCACUCAAAGCAUAAAGGUCAAACACCAGCAGAAUCGGACUAUCAGUUACUAGAAGUGGCUCGCAGGUUGGAGAUGUAUGGGAUUCGCCUCCACCCUGCUAAGGAUCGCGAGGGCACGAGGCUAAGCCUGACCGUGGCGCACACCGGCGUCCUGGUCUUUCAGGGUCACACGAAGAUCAACGCCUUCAAUUGGUCUAAAGUGCGUAAACUGAGCUUCAAGAGAAAACGCUUCCUCAUCAAACUGAGGCCGGAUCUGAAUAGUUCCUAUCAAGACACUCUGGAGUUUCUAAUGGCCAGCAGAGACUGCUGUAAAGUCUUCUGGAAGAUCUGCGUCGAAUACCACGCCUUCUUCCGCCUCUUUGAAGAACCCAAGCCCAAACCCAAGCCCGUGCUUUUCACACGAGGCUCGUCCUUCAGAUUCAGCGGUCGCACACAGAAGCAGGUGAUUGAUUAUGUGAGGGAGUCUGAGUUUAAAAAGAUCCCGUUCGAAAGGAAACACAGUCGGGUACAACACAACAGCCGCCUGUCGCCUUUGCCUUCUCCACGCCACCAUGAAGUGCCAACAGAAAGUGGUGCUCUUGGACUAGACUCUCCUCCACAGCGCCAUUGGAAGGAGUCGGUGUUGGUGAGUGCAGAAGACCCCUCGGUCUCGAGGACAGCAAGGGCGAGCCCAUCUCACCAUAGAAACGGCCACGAUGAGCGAUCGGGGUCUGUGUCCAGGAUGCAGGAGACGAGAGGCUCGACACGACCGACCCACCCAGAACAUCUGAGUACAGGAGUCGGGUCCAACAGCCCUCACCUGUCCGCGUCCUCCGGUCACUCCCACGGCAUGGUCAACGGUCAGAAGUCACUGGAGCUGUGCAGUCACAGUCCCGACGGCCGACAACCUUCACCGCUCACCAGCCCGCUCCUCAACGACGCCUGCAGUGUUCGCACCGAUGAUGAAGACGAGGUUCGGAGGAAGAGGUUCCCAACAGAUCGGGCCUACUUCAUCGCCAAGGAGCUGCUAACCACAGAAAGGACGUAUCUGAAGGAUCUGGAGGUGGUGACUGUGUCUUUCCAGCAUGCUGUAGGACAAGAUGAGGCGACUCCAGACUCUCUGAAGAACACCGUCUUCCCCACCUUCGAGCCUCUGCACAAGUUCCACACGGGUUUUCUCAGGGAGGUGGAGCAGAGGUUGGCCCUGUGGGAAGGACGCUCUAACGCUCACAUAAAAGGAGACUACCAGCGCAUCGGCGAUGUGAUGUUGAAGAACUUUCAAGGCUUGAAGCCCCUUACAGCAAAUCUGCAUAAACAGUCUGAAGUUCUGUUGGAGAUCGAGAAGGCGUGCAGGUCGUCGCGUAAGUUGGAGGGUCUCUGCAGGGACUUUGAGCUGCAAAAGGUCUGCUACGUCCCCCUGAAUGUCUUCAUUCUGCGGCCUCUGCACCGCCUCAUCCACUACAAGCAGAUCCUGGAGCGCCUGUGCAAACACUACCCAGCUACUCACGUGGAUUUCAGGGACUGCAGAGCUGCUCUAGCAGAUGUGUCUGAGGUGGUGGACCAGCUCCAGGGAAGCCUAAUCAAGAUGGAGAACUUCCAGAAGCUUCUGGAGCUGAAGAAGGAUUUGAUUGGCGUUGACAAUCUUGUUGUCCCUGGUCGGGAGUUCAUCAGGUUAGGCUGCCUCAGCAAACUGUCUGGAAAAGGCCUACAGCAACGAAUGUUUUUCCUGUUUAACGACGUCAUUUUGUACACGAGUCGAGGGAUGACGGCGACCAAUCAGUUCAAAGUGCACGGGCAGCUGCCGAUCCACGGCAUGACAAUCAGAGAGAGUGAAGAUGAGUGGGGUGUGCCGCACGCCUUCACAUUGGUCGGACAGCAGCAGUCGGUGGUGGUGGCAGCAAGUUCGCUAACAGAGAUGGAGAAGUGGAUGACGGACAUAAAGGCGGCGAUAGAGAUGGCAAAAACCAGCAACGGGCCUUCAUCUGACCUCCUGACCAACAAUCUGACCGACAACAAAUGCCCUGAGGACACCUCGGUGGAGGCUGAGUCUGAGGAUGACAUAACGGCGUCGCACACCUCGCUGGAGAGGCCCUCCCCUCACCGUGGUAACACCAUGGUGCACGUGUGCUGGCACAGGAACACCAGUGUGUCCAUGGUGGACUUUAGCAUAGCCGUGGAGAAUCAGCUGUCAGGAAACUUACUGAGGAAGUUCAAGAACAGCAACGGCUGGCAGAAGCUCUGGGUGGUCUUCACCAACUUCAGCCUGUUCUUCUAUAAAUCUCACCAGGAUGAUUAUCCAUUGGCCAGCCUUCCUCUGUUGGGUUACUCAGUCACCAUCCCGUCAGAGUCUGAAAAUAUCCACAAGGACUACGUCUUCAAACUGCAUUUCAAGUCUCACGUCUACUAUUUCCGGUCGGAGAGUGAAUACACCUUUGAGAGGUGGAUGGAGGUCAUCCGCAGUGCCACGGUCCCCUCCAGUGGUGCUCGUGUCCUGAACAACAAAGAGUCCCAUCCUCACUGAGUUGGCUCACCUCGUUUCCACACGCCAUCUCUCUCUCUCUCUGUCUCUCGGUCUCGGGUGGCAUCUGCCCUUCCUGUCCCCCUGGACUCUCUGCUUUUCUUUUCUACACAUAUCUGGGACAUUUGUACAUGUGUCCAUGCACAUUUGGUGCUUUUUAAUGCUUUAAUGGUGACAUGUCCGCUGGUUUAGACUGCAUCAGAGACUGCAUUUUUUGGCAUUUUUACUCUCAACUCUGAAACCUCUUUUUAAGGAUGUCAUUUUAUACUGUUUUCUAAUGGUCUGAACCACUUCCUAUCUUUCUGAUUUUACAUUUUGUCAUUGGUUGUUUUUACAGCAGGAACAUGUUGAUAUAGAUACCCAGCAUUCUUUCUUAGAUGGUUAAACUAUCACUGCAUUGUCAUAACUUUUUUGUCUACUUUUUUUUCCAUUUUAUUAUAAACUG